CCCGUUCCCCUUAUCCAAGUCAUCUGCUAACCAUCUCGCGCUACUACAGACCGUGCGACUGCUGCUCCAGUAUGGAGCCGACCCCGAGGCCGGGAAUGAUCCGAACGACAAGAACACCAUGGAUCUCAUACAGAAGGGGACCACGAUCUCCAGGCUCCUCCGCCAGGCAAUCAGGGACAAAAUCGAGCGACUUGGCGACGAAUACCAUCCUCCGCAGCGCUGGAUCGAGAACCCUCGUACGGGUGAGCGUACCCUUGUCGCUUACAGUUUCCGAGCGCGCGACAUGGGCUUUGUGGGGCCGGACCUGGCUUGAGCUGUUGUCGGCGGCCUUGCCUAGAUGUACUUCGUGUGGUGGGACGCUGGGUGCGCUUUGGCGCUGUGGUGCUCCGUCGCUUCCCUUUCUUGUGCCAGCACAGCGGGUGACUCAACCGUGGAGGAUCAGAAAGUUUUCUCCUACUCUUCAGCUUUUUCUUAGACUUCCGACCUUUUGGUGGGCGCUUCUCGGCGUAUGGUUCUUUGUCCCGAAGCCGGCGCACAAAAGUUUGACGGGGUCUUUUUUUGUACCGUGGAUAGAUUUGGUGGAUUGCUUCCGCGUCCGUCUAAACAUGCACAAUGGAAACCUGCAAAACCUCUCGCUCCUCUUCCACGCGUACUUCGUCCAGGGAAGCGCGCUGCUGGGGACUUCCGAAGUCCCUCGAUGUGCCUCUCUGAGCCAAAUGUGCUAAGCUACCUAGAGCGUGAAUGUCUCUCCUCGCCGUGGCGGCUGUCGACUUUCUGCUACUCACCAGUUCGCUACGUAUAUAAUCCUACUUCUACUACGUUGUCCUUCAUACUUCUACCAAACUUUCUCACUUAAAUUACGCAACCGAACCAUGCUCCGCUCUCAAAGAACGGCAGACAAAAGUCGCACCGCGGAUCCUUCAACUCCGGCAAGAAGAGCACCCGUUCCGCCAAGGCUGCGGCGGCUGGGACAGGGACCUGUGGCUAGCAGAUCAGCGCCAGCAUGCCUGGUACAGCUGGAAGCUCUACCU